AGAAACAUGGGUUUUAGCAGCUCCUUUUGCCUCCUUUCGGCGCUCCUUCUGCCCUGCUGUUGGACGAAGCCUCUUGUAGACCGUGAUGGGACGGGCGGUGUGCUGCCCUCCGAUUGUGGGCGUCCGCUUGGGUCCCGCAUUGUGGGUGGCGAGGAGACUACUGGCCAGCAGUGGCCGUGGGUGGUGAGUCUCAACAUGGUGUGGGGAAGCCACUUCUGCGGGGGCUCCUUCAUCACACGCCGCCACGUGGUGACUGCUGCUCAUUGCGUGUCCUUCUUCCGCCUCUUGCCGCACUUUCUGCGGGUGCGAGUGGGUGGCCACGGCGCGCAGGUCACCGCCCGCGUGGCCCUCGUCAGCAUCCACCCCGAUUUCGGACGCCUCGCCAAGUUCGACUCCGACCUGGCGCUGCUCACACUGACGGAGGCCGUGGUGUUCAACGCCGCCGCAGCGCCGGUGUGCCUGCCGACGGGCGGGGCGACGCCUGGCCGGGCGGCGACGGCCCUAGGCUGGGGUAAAGUCAGUGAGGACUCGCGGGUCUUCAGCCAGUCCCUUCGCCAGGUUGAGCUCCAGAUUCUAGACGAGGCCGCCUGUGCCAGAUAUGGCUCGUCGAUGACGAGCGGCAUGCUGUGUGCGGGCGUGAGCGGCGGUGGGCGCGACUCCUGCCACGGCGACUCGGGCGGGCCUCUCUUGACUCAGGACGAGGACUCCCGCUGGGUCCUCGCGGGCGUCGUCAGUUUCGGCCGAGGCUGUGGGCGCCCGGAUUAUCCGGGCGUGUACGUUGAUCUGUUCCACUUCAGGGACUGGAUUGCUGAAGUUGUUAAGCAAUAAAUACA